ACCAGAGCUGUUCUUGUGUACAAAUUGUCAGCUGUGUAUGGUUUAUGUUGUUCCGUUAAAAGUCGCCUUUCUGUCGCUGGACUUUGGUUUAACUUCAAUACCGUUUUUUCCCCUUUAAAUUCAAACUGUCAGACCUGUGCCCCACCAUCGACGGCUCGCGCCCUUUGUAACUGAAGUCAAUGGUGAGUAGCUUCUCUGCUGUGUUAGCUUUUAGCAUCAUCAUUUCAGUCGCUGACCGCUGAUGGACCAAACACUAAACAGAAAAAGUCGAAAGUCGUUGUGGCCCUCGGACAGUGCCCAUCACAGACGUUGAGAAAACAUGAAGAGGGAUCAAGGACAAAACAUUUAGGCCCAGGCAGACAGACAUGAGCUGGGCUGAAGAGGACUGGACGGUGGGCCUUUCUGGACGGGUCCUGCAGAAAGUGAAGGAGCUGCAGAUCCAUAAGGAGCGUCUGUCUAGAGAGAACAAACAAAAACAGCUGCAGCUGGACAACAUCCAUACCAGCCUUGAGAAACAAACCGUGAAGCAUGAGAAGGUCCGUGGGGAGCUGCAGUCCACACAGAGAGAGCUGCAGAGUGUUCAGGAAGAGGCCCAGGCAGCAAUAACCAACAAGGAGCGCCUGACCCAGGAGCUUCACACCAGACGGGCCCAAGUAUGUUCUUUGGAGGGGCAGCUGGACGCUGCUCAUUCUCACAACAACAAGCUCACGCAGGAAGUCAAAAGGCUGGAAGCUGAGCUGGAAAAGCUUCAGAACAGUAGCAGGCUGGCGGACACCACUCUGUUUUCCACACCCUGCUGGAAUACCACAUCACCCUGGGAGCACAAUGGGAGCAAACAGGAAGAAAGAUCUGGACAGCAGAAUGAAGGGCCGAGCCGGGCUCAUCACAUACGACAGCAGCUGCAGUUUUCAGACGUGCCCCCAGCAUCACGACAACAAACCAAGGGCACGCCGCACCGCCACCCGUCCGACCAGUCUGACAUCUUUUCCACACCCUCGGCUGCGUUUCCUUGGGAACGGGAUGAUUCUAGACCAGCGUCCAGGAGACGACUGCAGCCCCCUCCUCAGACUUCCAGCCCUGACACCAUGACUCAAGGCCCGCUGGAGCAGAGGACCAGUUGGAAGGAAAGGGACAAGCAGAUGGAGACGGACAUGUCUUCAUCAGAACUACAGAGUCAUGUCUCGGCUCUGGAGGAGACCGUCUCUGAGAAAGUCGAGAUGCUGAAGUCCGUUCGGGGUGAACUGAUGCAAACCAAGAAGGAGCUUGCUGCCAAAGAGCUCAGCCUGCAGAAAACUUGUGAGGAGCUGAAUGUGGCCCAGACACGCAUGGCCCAGGACAGAGAACGGGCAUCAGAAACAGAGCAUAGACUGAAACAGCUACAAGAGGAGCUCAAAUGCCAGAGGCAAAAUGCAGAAAGCAGUCGGCUGCAGCACCAACAGCGGACAAAGGAGCUGGAGAAACAGCACCAGAGGGAUGUAGCAGAGCUUCAAAAGGAGAGGCAGUGUCUGGAGAAACAACACCAGCAGGAGGUCAAUAAGUUGAAUCAGGAGCUCCAGCAGGCUCGGACGACCCACAAUGCCCUUCAGGCCCAGGCUGAUAAGCUGUCGCUACAGAAACAGGCGUUGGACAAAGAGUUGGACACUCUGAAAGAGAAACUGAAGUGGACAGAAGAACAGCUGAAGGACAGUCAGAAGAAAGAAGCUCAGACACAAACUAAACUGACGGAGUCAGUGCGUGAGGCGGAGGGUGUGGCGGUGACUUUGGAGCAAAGCAGGAAGAGAGAGAAGGCUCUGGAGGAGGAGGGGAGGAGACUGAAGGAGGAGCAAGCUGACACCCUGCGUCUCCUCAGAGAACUGCAAGAGCAAAAGUCCACUCCAGCGCCGCCUCAACAGCCCGUCCAGUUUUGCCCGGUUGGACAGAGUUUUUCGUCUCAGUCGUCUUCAGCUCAGCCUCCUCGUCCUCUGGCCCACAGCAGGAGACCUGCCGCUGCCCAAACUGAGCAGAAGACGGAAGAGCGGGUAGAUGCGAGCAGGGCAGAGUUGUCAGCAUCUUAUCUGUCUGACAGAGAGCCGGGAGAAGGAAUUGAUGCUGAGCACAUCAUUGCCAUCACAACCUCAGAGUGUUUACAAAGAUCAGGACAGUUUAGAAGAAGUAAUGAAGAAGGAAGUAAGAGUAGAGAUGAGGGAAUAAAAUGUGACGCUCCCGUCGCCUCCUCUGUGGAUGGAGCAACAGACGUUAAACAUUCACCUCACCUUUCUCCUGACAGCACACAUGUUCUCAAAUCUGAACAGACCGUCCCCUCUGUAGACCUAAAGAAGGAGAAUGCCCAGCUCCGCUCUGAGCUCAGCGACGUACGCGAAGAGCUCCAGAGACGUUUGGAGGACCUGGAAGCUCAGCGGAGGGCCGAGGCAGAAGCGAGAACUCGCCUCAAACAGCUCAGCCGGAAACACGCCGGCCAGACAGCGGAGAGGCAGGAGAAAGACAAGGAGUGGAGGGCAAAACUGGAAAAUGAGAAAGCUGAGACAGAAAAACUGAAGAGGGCCAACGCCGCUCUGUUGGCAGAGAUGAAGAUUAGUAAAGACGAACACGACAAAGCAGAGAGAGCGACGCAGGAAGAGGACAACGACGUAUCACAAGAGGACAGGGAGAGCGAGUUGAUUGAACAAAACAUUCAACUGAAAAAUCAGCUAGCAAUGGUGAAAGCCCAGCUCGCUUUAGAACGAGAGGAACGAGCGCAAGAGGAGGAGGAGAGAAUCAGAAUCAUAAACACAGAGGAAGAUGUGAAAAACCAGCUGAGCCUGAAGCUGGCAGAGAUCAUGGCCGACGUCGAGGAUCUAACUCACCAAAGAAAUGAAGAAUUAGCAGAAGAGGAGAGACUUGCAAACAGUCCAUUGUUGACUCUUCAUGAAGAUGAACUUAACUCCAACACCAAACUCGCCUUCACCGAGUCCACCGACCAAAACAGCACCCUCAUUUUCAAAGAAACAGACGUCCAUCUUGAUGGUCAAGUGGUUCAGAUUGAAGGUAACAAACCCAACUCUCAGGAAAAGUCUUCCUCAUCAGGUGGUGAGCUCGACAACUUUGAACUCGUUAAAGAAGUUGAACAGCUGAGAAGAAAGUAUACAAAGGAGUCAGAUCGUGCUAACAAGAUCCAGGUUAAGUUUGACGCCUUACAGGUCCAGGUGACACGUCAGACCAAAGAGCUGACUCGGGCCUUUGAGAGGCAGACUCAGCACAUCGCAGGCCUUCUGACUGAGCUGCAGGACAAGGAGAGCGCCCUCUUCAGUCAGGGAGAGGAGCUAAAGAGAUACAAGCAAGAGCUGGAUGUACUAAAGAGAGAAAGAACUGAAGAGAACCAACGAGAUACGUCAACAGAAACCUCAGAGCUCCAGCAUGAACAAGAACAGGAGUGUGUUGUCACUGUUCACACUGCAGAUCCAUGUGCUGCUAUGAAGUUACAGAACAAUACGAGUCAGACAAAGACUGAGACACUUGAAACUCCUGAACCUGAAGAUGACAGUGACGCAGUAACGUCUGAACAACAGCAAUCAGUCUCUGUAGACCUGGAUAAGUCUGAGAGCGGCCGUGAGUCUGCUUGUGAGGUGGCAGAAAAUCCCUGCAGUCAAAAGGAAGUCCUGCAUACAGAGCUCACAGCUCUCAGACAGGAAAAUCAGACAUUGAAACAAAAACUAGAGGAUUCUAGUAUCUCUGACUCCAGAAACCCAACACUACAGGCUGAAGGCAAAAACCGAGACGACUCAGUCAAACAAAGCCAAAGUUCUGCUCCUCUGUCUCGAUUUGAGGAGGAAGAGGCAGAAAGUGAUAUCCUGACAGAGGAGCAAGAGUCGCUGCAAGGACAUGUGAAGAAGAAUGAAAAUCAAGGUCAAGAUUCAGAAAGGGGAGAAGUGCGAUCCCUGAUUAGUGAAGAUGAUCAGGAAGAGGUGUCUGAGGUGAUCCACCUGCAGCUACAGGUGGAGGCGCUGCAGAGAGAAGUAAGAGCUCUCUCUGAGGAGACGGAGGCUCAGGCUCAAGAGCUGGCUGUGUGGAGACUGGCCUCCCAACCAGCCCCAACAUUUAACCAUCUCCUUCCCAGCACAGAAGAUCAGGUCUCUGCAGAGAGUCAGGCCCAGUCGAAUCAACAGCUGAUAAAUGAGUUCCACAACCAAACAGGAACCCUAAACCAGGACCAAACUCUCACAAUCCUGACCCAGUUUCAGGACUGGGGUUCUCAGGGAAACAUCACAGUCAUCAGAGAAGAUGACUUAUCCCUCUGCUGCUCCUCCAACAAACUGAGAGGACGCACCCUGUUCUCCAGAAUUCAGAACAGCAACCUUCCUGAACCAAAGAGCCCCAACUCGUCAAAAAAGACUGCAGCGUCUCAUGAAAACAAUCAGAACAAGAUGGACCAGGAAUCUGAAAAAGAAAACCUGCAGAUUAACCUGCAGAGGUCAGACGUUUGUCCAGAACAAAGCAAAGUGAAGAAAGAACUCAUCCAAAUAUCAUCUUCUCAGAAAUUGUCUGAGCUCAGCAGUGCCAAAGAUCCCCACAAAGUGUCAGGGACAAAUCCAGCCACUGUUGUAGAAUGUUGCACUACAACUCCUGAGACCAGACAGGACGGUGAGAAAAGCACAACCACAAAGACUGCAGACAAAAACAUCAGGGCAGAAAUAAGGAGUGUCAGCAGCCAAACGGACGAGAGUUCGUCUUUUUGCAGCGCCUUUAGAGUCUGUGCCAGCACACAAACCGAAAAGGAUUUAAAAGACAAAGAAGAACCGGUGGACUCUCCUCCUGUCGCGGUGUCAGGACAGACCGAGCCAGGCGACAAAAUGUUGCUUUCAGGUUCUUUCCCCAUUCCAGCGGACCCAGCCCGACUUGCUGAAAGAAUCCGUCGCAGCAGGACUCAGCUGUCAGCGGCCUUUGAUGAUACGGAGUACGAGCCGUAUGGCCUGCCUGAAGUCGUCAUGAAAGGUUUUGCUGACAUCCCCACUGGACCCUCUUGCCCCUACAUUGUGAGAAGAGGUUUGUUGGGGACAGCUGUGGUACCCGUGUCUCAGAAAGGAAAAGAGGACGAGGAGACGGAUUAAAGCACAGCAACAGGUUGCAUCAGUUGUUUACAGAUCUUGUGGAAGGAUUUGAUUAGUGGCUUCGCCGAACUUGUAUGAUGGACCUGGAGCCUGUAAAGACACUUGAAGCUCUUCAGACUUUGAAACACAAACAGGACCAGUUAAAAAAGCUGAAAUCAGACGUGUUUCUGCACACAAGCUUCCAGGUAACUGGGACUGCACCAACGAAAUGAACACCUCCUCCAGUGUGGAUCCAAAACGUUUUAAAUCUCACUGCUUUACCCUGGAGCUGUUGUGUGGAGCCUCUAGUCACGUGUAUAAUUAGGCACUCGCAGGUCUGACCUCACAUUAUUUUCAAUUAAACAGGGCUGAGUUGAUGUUUUUCUAAACCAGCACUCAUCAAGAUAAGUUUGACUUGUUUUCCAGAAGGCUUUAGCCAAGAGUGGCCAGUUGUGAAAACAUUUUCACAUUUCUUUAUGUGGUUUUAUUUAUGGACACUUGAAUGUGUUAUUUUUUAGUGAGCAGGGGUUUACAAAGGUAUGUGUGAAAUAUUAGCUGUGAAUAUGAACAUGUGUGUUCUCAUCCUAAUAUUACUGUUUGUGUAUGUGUGUAGGUGUGUGUGUUUGUGUGUAGGAGGAGAGAGAGAGCUCAUGUCUAUGACUCAGUCUAACCUGCACUGGUUUCCGCUCCAUGUAUGGUGAAUUCACGCUGCGCUCCUGUUCUCCUCUCUGGGCUGCUUUGCGUCUCCGUGCGACUCUUAACAAACACUCAAAACACAAGUUAGUUUAAAAUCAACUUUAUUUCACUAAAUAACAUGUUUACAAUAGAUGUUUUUAACAAUAGAUCAAAUGUAACUUCUCUAGUUUUUAUUUUUAUUUUUUGCAUUUAAGAAAAAGGAAGAAUUCUAAGUUUUAGUUUGGUGCCAAGUUUGUGGCAAAUCUAAGACAAACUCUGGCAAAAACUAUGGAAUCAUUCCUCGUAGAGGAUGUUCUUUCAAUUGUUUAAUUUUGUGUAAAAAAACAUGCCACAAAACUAUUAUUUUUUAAAGCCCAACCUUCUGGCUUUAAGAAAUAGUAAAAAAAAACAAAAAACAAGUCACUCUUUUUUUUUCUUCUUUUUAUUAUUAUUAUUUUAGCUCAAGUAGAGGUAAAAAGAAAUACACAGAAUCCCUAUAUUUUGCAGUUUUAAAAAAAUCAGGUGUUCUUUUUAUCUGUUCAAGAUAAAUCACAUAAUGUUUCAAUAGACGUUUGGUGUUUUUAGUCAGCUGUCUAAAAUCUGAACCAGGUUUAAACAAAAUGAGCAAAUGGAGAAGGUUGUAAAAAGGAAAAGUACAAAAAGGAAGACCUCAAAAUUUCAUGAAAACAGAAAAUACACAAAACAAAUGAGAAACAAGCAGGCAGAAACAAGUCAGUGUCUUUAAAAAGUCGCCUUGAAGAAAAAGGAUUUAUCUGCAGAAAACUUAAACGAAAGUCAUCAUUAACACUCAGAGAUUUAUGAAGAUGACUUAAUGUACAUGUCUACUGUCAUUGAUGACUUGAGCCUGCAGGUCAGGGGAAAUGACAGUCAUUACAUCAGUUCAGUUUAUUUAUACCAAGUCACAACAAAUGUUUCAGGGCACUAUUCAAAAAAACAUCUAAGGAAGCCACCAGAUUGCAUUGAAUGACUUCAUCACAGUCUCCAUCCUGAGCAGCACGUUGGCGACAGUGGAAAGGAAAAACUCCCUUUUAACAGGAAGUACGGUAACCAGCAGCAGAACCAGGACCAGGCUCAGGACGGACAGCCAUCUGCCUCAACCGACUGGGUUUGAGAGUCUGAGCCUCUAGCAUCAGAACUAAGGAAUGACUCAGGAAACUUAAGCUCAACUAUAGGAUUUAUCAAAAAAGAAAAUCUUAAGUCUAGACCUAAAGUAGACAGAGUAUCAGCCUCACUGACAGAAGCUGGAGGUUGGUUCCACAAGAGAGAAGCCUGAGAACUGAAAGCUCUGCCUCCUAUUCUUCUUUAGAAACCACAAGUAAACCUGUCUGGAUGCUUUGUUAGGAAAUUAUGGGAAAAAUAAGAUCCUUAUUACAAGAUGGAGCUUGGUUGUUGGGAGCUUUGUAUGUUAGAAGUAAGAUUUUUACUUAAUGUUUACUUAAUUUUUUUUCUCCAUUUUGAGUGAUUCAAUUUUUUCUCUACUUCAUCUAAAGAAGAGCAACUAUGAUAGACUACACAUUUAUAUUUCUUUUUUUAAAUAGUUUCUUAAAAAGGUUGGAUUUUAAUGAUAGUAAAAUAAAUAUUUUUUAGUCAAUAUUAAACGACUAAAGGAGCCUUCUCCAUGAGUGGUAAUUCCAGAGUUCUAGUUGCAGAUAUCACAUAAUUUAUAUGCGUUUAGGACCAGUUUAAUGUGUAGGUUUGCAUUUUAUCCAUUGGGCUAAUAAUCUGAGAGUUUGCUGAGUUUUCUUAAAGAAGGAAUUUUACGGUAACGAGACAAAAUCUUUUUAGCAUACUUUACUAUGUAGGUCGUUUACUCAUGAUCAAGUCUAACAAAAAUGUUACACUUUAUAUUGAAGAUGUAUUUGCUUCUAGUUUUGUUUUUAUUUUAUUUUAUUGUGCAAUGCUUUGAUUGAUGCAUAAAUGAAGGCUAUGAGCUAAAGUUGCUUCUUCUGUUUCAGAUUUUAUGCCUCGGAAAAGGGUCGAUAUUAAAUUUUUUGUCAUUUCACAAAGUUACAACACUUAAUACAGCUGCACCUGCAGCAAUUCUGUUACUUUCACCUUCCUGCGAUGUAGUCUCUAUAUCACUUUUCAUUUUAUCUGCACAAACUUUAUCUUGAAAAGCUUUGUUUAUUGUGUAAAAAAAAACUUACCUAUUUAGGUACUGUAUUUGUUUGGCUGCUUCACAUCAACUUGAAACUGCUUUUUAUUACAACCUGUGCAGACUUUAGGAAUGUUUGAAUUUUUUUAAUAAACAUAAAAUAGAGUGCUUUAGUUUUAUUUUGUAGCAGAUGUAUUGUGGAAUUAGUGAUGCUGUUACACAGUUGUAUUAAAGUGCUUUUUUCCCGAUGUUUUCUCUGUUUUAUUUAAUUAUAGUUGUUCUCUGUCGGUCAGUUGGACUUACUAGCUCAGUUUGAACACAGCGUACUCUGUUGCUAUUUUUCUUCCAUGCUAACACCCUCACACACACAAAAACACACACAUCACCUCCCUUCGCCUCUGUGUAUCUCUGGGAUCUGCAGUUUUCUGGCACCGAGGUGAGAUGGUGUCUUGUGUGCGGGGGAACGCUGAAUUUGUUGCCUCCUUUCAGACACUUUUAUGUGACAACACUGUGUUGUUUGUAGCUACAAUAAAAGUCCCGCUCCUAUUUUAA